AUGGGUGACAACAAUUGGAAUCUAGGUGCAGUUGUAAGAAGCUAUAACAUUAGACCUAGUCAUGACACCAACAAGGUAGAAGUUCCCAGUUUAGGCUUAGAGUCUCUGACUUUUGAAAACGAUGAUGAUUGGAAUUUUUUCCAUAGUCUUUUAGAUGUUGACCGUGAUGACGACAUCAUGACUUUCGAAUGUUUAACUGAUAUAUUCUCUAGGAAUGAACAAAAACCUGAUGCGUCUCAACCUUCUUUUGUUAGUGUUCCUAUUGCUGAUGAGGUCAAGAAUGACCAAAAUCACCAACAGCUGCUGUUACAGCCCAUUCAAUUACCAGCUCAGCAGACCCAACCAAUUCCUCCACCAUCACCAGCGGCUGCAGUGUGUGUGCCAGCAGCAGCACCGCAGCAAGUGAUUCUGCAGAAACUGAAUCCAUGUCCAGUUCUGAAGCGGGCUAAAGUCCGUCCUACUAUCACUGUUUCCAUUAGAAAUCCAAUCAUCCAAAUUCGAAGAAGGAAAAAUCAGCCGGAAAAGACAGUCUAUGAAGUGAGCCAAGAGGAACUCAUUGAUUUUACAUGGGCAUGGCGUAAAUAUGGUCAGAAGCCAAUCAAAGGGUCUCUAUUUCCGAGGAACUACUUUAGGUGUAGCACUUCAAAAGACUGCGACGGAAGGAAACACAUUGAGAAAAGCCCAAGGCAUCCAAACCUUUUUAUCGUCGCCUAUUCAGGUGAACACAACCAUCCUCCCCCGGCUAACCGGUGCACUCUCUCCGACAGCACCAAUUCCAAACCCAAAUCCAAAAAGCUCCCAAAAGGCAUAAACAUUGUUCCUAGGCGAUCCUUAAGCUUCAAUUCAUCUUCAUCUAAUGACUCCGGUUCCAGACCAAUUAGCCCAAAUAUGAACGAAAUGGUUGUAGAGGAGACGAAAGCAGACAAUGAAGAGGAAGAGGAGAAAGUUGUUCCGAUUCCUAACAAUUUCAUGACUGAAGACAUUAUCAAGAGCUCUGAAGAACUCAAUGGAAUUACUACCGCUGCACCAAAAUUUGCCCACCUAAUGGCAUGAAAGGGACAGAGGGAAUUGAGCAUAUGCAUAUUAUCUUUUCCCUCCUCCGCCAACUCUAUCUAUCACCUUUUUUCUGUUAUAACCAUGUUGUUAUAGGCUUCUAUUUUAGAUUUAGUGCGCGCAGGAAUUUCGGGUAUGUAGUUUGCAGUUUAACUAUGUACA